UGGCACUUGUACACGCAAAUACUUUUUAGGACUAAUAUUACGAAAUUAGUGUUACGGUAAUCAUUCGAACUGUCUUUACCACUGUAAAAAUAUUCUGCACAGACAUCAGACGUCUUUAUCGGGAAUAGACUGGAGUUGAUCUGUAGGAGAAAACUGGAGGAAUACGGUACUUAUCGGAAAGUUGGAUCUUAUGCCUGAAACUGAAACGAUGCAUCGACCAACCAUUUCUCCACACAUGACUCAUGUAGUCGCAGGAGGGGUUGGUGGCACUGUUGGAGCUGUCAUAACCUGCCCUCUAGAAAUUGUGAAAACCAGAUUGCAGUCCUCCACCACUGCGUUCAAACAGCUUCCCGUUAAUGGCAUAUCUGUAUCCACAGGAGGCAGCAUUAUUCACGUUGAAGAUUGCGGAAGAAGAACAGCUAGCAUAGUAAAAUGUAUCAAACAAAUAAUCGAAGCAGAAGGAGCAACAGCAUUAUUCAAAGGCCUUGGACCAACUCUUGUCGGUGUCGCCCCAUCCAGAGCCAUCUACUUUGGUGCUUACGCCAACACCAAGAGCUUCCUAAACUCCCACCUGACACCCGAGUCAUCCAUGGUACAUCUCCUAUCUGCUGGUUCGGCAGGUUUCAUCUCAUGCACAUUAACAAAUCCCAUCUGGAUGGUGAAAACAAGGAUGCAAUUAGAUGAAAGGAAGGGGCCAGCAUAUAACAACAUGCUCAAGUGUGCAAGACAUGUCUACCAAUCAGAGGGUCUCCGAGGCUUCUACAGGGGCGUCACCGCCUCCUAUGCCGGGCUUUCAGAAACCAUGAUCCACUUUGUCAUCUAUGAGAAGAUCAAGCAGCUCAUCCAGACUCAGAACUACAGUACUUCCAGUGACCGCAGACCCUGGGACUUUGUCUGUUUCAUGGGAGCAGCCGCCACGUCCAAGACCAUUGCCUCGACAUUGGCCUAUCCUCAUGAGGUUGCAAGGACAAGAUUAAGGCAAGAAGGGGACAAGUACAGGACAUUUUUCCAGACGUUAAUGACAGUCUUCAAGGAAGAGAGAUACAGAGGGCUGUAUGGCGGUCUCGGCACACAUCUCAUCCGACAGAUCCCCAACACUGCCAUCAUCAUGGCCACUUACGAGUUUGUGGUAUACCUUUUCAACCGAUGUUGAGUGGAUGUCUGCCGAACUAUUGUGGAAAAAAAGGGUUCAUGUGCAAUAGAGGCCCUGAAGCUCUGCUCGGUUGUCUUCUGGUUUGGCUGUCGUUUUCUAUGUGGAGGAAAUGAACGCAGCUGGAAGCCGUUUGAAUGGUUCUCCUGAGUUUUCUUUUUGGAUGAAAUGGACAAGGCUGGAGCCUUGAUGAUGGUUCAGAGUUUUCUAUUUGGAGGAAAUUACGAGGCAGUAACCGUUUGAAUGAAUGGAAUACAGAAGAUGAACAAUGUCGAGUGGAUUGUUCUGAUUAAAUGGAAUGGCAAACCGCUGCUGCUUCAGGGAUGUCAAGAAUGUUUGUGGACUGCUUAAAGUUGUGAAAAGUGGAAGUCGAAAAAGUCUGGAACUUUUCAGCUGAACAAUCUGUCUUGAGCCGGAAGGCAUCUGGGAAUCGAUUGCAGAUCAGUUUGAUGGACCCUCAAUUUAUUCAAAUCAGGAUCUGGUCUUCAGUAUUGCUUUUUACUUUGACAAAUUUUGGACAGCAUCAAGAGAUACGUUUUGAAGCAAGUACUGAAAUACAAGUCUUGUGUGUCUCUGAUGUUGAGGACAGUCCCUACAUGCAUACCUCCCUAUCAUUUCAAAACUGUGGCUGAUUCUACAAAGUAUCAGUUUUUCAAUCACCAACUUGGAAAAGUGAUCAUGUAAGAAAAGUAUAGGAUAUGUGGACUGGAGAUGUUUUGAUAAUCCUUUGUGUAUGCCUUGAUAAAAUAUAUAAGAAUACAAAAUAAAUAUGGGCUUUGGAUAAAGCUCUCCAAGUGCUUAAGGAUUGUAUAUUGAUUCGUCCAAACAUGAUAUUGUACUGUUUCAUAUCAACAAAUAUAUAUAUAAAGCAUUUGCAUGUUAUACAAAGGUAACUCAUUGCUUCAUUCAAGCCUUCCAUGUAUAUUUGUAUGCUUGGUAUAUAUAUCUUGACAAUACCAGUGUUUUUGUCAAAUGAUAUUUGGGUGUUAAGGUUGUAAAUUAUGAUUUUUUAUGAAAAUUUGAAAUGAAAUUUUGACCUCAGUUAACUGCUUCCUGAAACAGAUUUAGAAUUUUGAAAUCAUUAACCUUAUUGAUCGUAAACAGGAAAUGUGUCAUGGGCUUGGAAUUUGUCACUACUCAAAACCAAUCUUUUUUUUUCACCAGAAUGUGGUCAAUUUUAUCAUCAGUACUAUAUGACUGGAAACCAGUUCAACUUUUUAUUACAUCCAAGAAUAAAAUCAAAUACAUGUAAAGAGUGUACUUUGUAAUCAUUGAAAUUGAAGGGAUUAAACAAAGUGAAAGUUUGUUAUCUUUUUUUCCUACUCAGUACAAUAAUAAUUGUUUUAUUUUUAUGUUAGACUUCCUGAAAUGACAGUAUUGUAUCAUGUGAUUAUUGUAGUAGUAACCUCGUAUUUACAUGUAGACUUUUUAUUUUAACAUGCAGUACCGGGUAUGUUAUAUAAUUUUUUUUUUCAGUUCCAUUUAUUGAUUAUGGAAAUCAUGGUUAUUUUUCUUGCUUUCUUUAAUGUUUUUGUUUUUAUGCCCCAAGAAAUUGGUAUAAUUGCAGUAUCUGUUCCUUUGUCAGGUGGGGCGGAGGGGGGAAUUCAACCCCUAAACAAAUACAUGUAAAUGGUAAAUGUCUUCAAUUAUAUUAUAUACCUGUGCUUAGUGUGCUUUGUAUGGGUAAUUACAUUUUCCUGGCAGUUUUGAAUGAGAACUGGUGGGAAGCGGUGCUUUUGAUUUUCAAAAGUAGAAACUGUGUCAUCUACUUGUUCAUUAUCAGAAAACUGUGCUGUUAUGAGAUAUGUGUGUAUGAGUUUAAUUCUUUUGUAUGUUACCAAAACAUAUUCUCAAGGAUACUUGCAAGUCUGAUAUUUGGCAUUUUCUAGAUGGGGUCAUAUCUGCCUUUCCUAGUGAUUGAUCAAGAAGACUGCUUUCCCUGUUUUAAUAAACUUCACAUUGCUGAUGUUUUUGUGGGAGAAAGAUUGAAGUAUGAAUGAAAGAAACAAAAUAGAGAA